UGAGGGAUAUGCAGGUCUUUGGUGCUUUGUCAAAAGCUCUGAUUGGGUGGAGCUUAGUUUAGGCUUCUAUGUCUGUUGAAUGAAUAAACUCUGUGCAAACAACUGAGGAUCAGUCACCAUCCAGGACAUUAGCAGAGCACAAUGCACCUCUUGCUUGAGAUCCCCUUGUUUUUGCUGAUUAUUUUAUAUUCCUGUUUGGAGGCCUUUGUCAAGCUUUUCAUUCCUGUGAAGAGAAAGGCUGUCGAUGGAGAGAUCGUCCUGAUCACGGGAGCUGGCCACGGACUGGGGAGAGCCAUGGCUUACGAAUUUGCACAGCGUCGCUGCAAAUUAGUUCUCUGGGAUAUCAACAAGCAUGGCAUUGAAGAAACAGCCGAAGAAUGCAAAAGAUUGGGAGCCACAGCUCAUGCCUUCGUGGUGGACUGCAGCAAGAAGGAGGAAAUCUACUGUAUUGCAGAGAAGGUGAAAAGAGAAAUUGGGGAUGUAUCUAUCUUGAUGAACAAUGCUGGAGUGAUCUCCACCACAGAUCUGCUGUCGAUUGAGGACCAUGAAAUUCAGAAGACAUUUGAAGUCAACAUUCUUGCUCAUUACUGGACUUCAAAAGCAUUCUUGCCAACCAUGAUGAGGAACAACCAUGGCCAUAUUGUCACUGUAGCAUCUGCUGUUGGUCACAUAGUGGCUCCAUUUAUUGUGCCUUAUUGCUCAAGCAAAUUUGCUGCUGUUGGCUUUCACAGAGCUCUGACGCAGGAACUGACUGCACUGAAAAAGAAUGGAGUCCAAACUUCAUGUGUCUGUCCUAUGUUUAUAAACAGUGACUUUGUCAAAAAUCCCUCUUCAAGACUGAUGCCGCCUUUGGAGCCAGAAGAAGUAGCAAAGCAAGUUAUGGAGGGAAUACUAACCAACCAAAAUAUGAUUUUUGUUCCACCAUUUCUCAAAGUCAGUGUAAUGCUGGAUAGGCUUCUUCCAGUUCGUGCAAUUCCAGCUUUGUGGAGAUUGAAUGACCUUAAAUUUGAUGUCGUUGUUGCAUAUAAGGACAAAGAAAAAUAAGGGACCAGAUGCAUUCCAUGUGAUUUUAAUUUGCUUUUAAUUCCUUGAAGUUUUCAUUCUGAUGAACAGUACAAUCUUACUCAAAGUUAUUCCUAUCUAAAUCCUUUAC